AUACUUUCAGUUUCAUUAUGAAUGAGGCAACAGCUUCGGCUUCAUUAUUACAACAAAAUGAAUGCAAACAUUGAGACCUGCCCAAUCUGUCGGGAGUCUUUUAAUGACCCCAAAACUCUGCUUUGUGGUCACACUUUUUGCAAUAAUUGCAUCAAACAACUAGGCCCUGUGAAUGGACCAUGGUCGUGUGCUAUGUGUCGAAAAGUUUCACCUCACUUAACAACAGUUUUUGUCCUCAAGAAUCUGCUGGAACAGUGUCAAUACAUGGAAACUGAAAAAGACAUCAUGGAAUGCCCACAUACGCACUCCAUUGCAAUAUCCAUGAAUAAAAGCUUUGUCAUGAACUCUGGAGUUGGGCUUAUUUUCAAGAAACAAUUUAAUCAAAUUGAUGAACUUAAAAGCCAGGGUAAACAAGUUGGAGAGGUGGCAGUUCUGCAACAGAGAUCCCGGUUUCUUUACUACAUGAUCACCCGGAGCACCUAUGCAUUUAAACCGAACUAUGAAAAUGUGCAAAAGUGUUUACAUGCCGUUAAGGAACACUGUCUGGAGAAUGACGUGAUGGACCUUGCAAUGCCAAAGAUUGGCAGUGGAAGAGAUAGAAUGGAUUGGACCGUGAUAUAUAAUCUCAUCCGAGGGGUUUUUGCUGACACACCCAUAAAAAUAGUUGUGUAUUGCUGGCCCCCAAGAAGGAGGUAAAGAGAAAAAAAAAAGACAUCCUGGAGAUCCACGCUACAAAAACAGGCUUCACACAUCCAUAUCAAUGACAGCUGCAAAUUACAACAUCCAGAAAUUGCAACUGUCAUGGACAAUAACCCACAGAAAUAUCUCUGGGAGGUUAAUCAUCUGGUCAGUUCUUAUACCACUGUUAAAGCUAAUAAUUAUUCAUUUUUGCAGAAUGAGGACCAUUUACAGACUUACAAACUUCUCUUCAAAAUCACUGAAAUCCUGAACUCAGACUGAUAAUGCAGAUGUAUAGCCGAAACAUGUGUUACCAAAUGUCACAUUAGAAAUGGAGGAUGGAUGCAGUGCUCAGUUAAAUUUUGGUUAUUAAUCAUGUUGCUGGAAUUCUUCAGUGAUGCAGUGAACUUUCAAAAAAAAACUGAUAAACCUGGAAGUGAAUGGCAUUAUGAGACCUACUUGGGGGAAUAUUAAAAUGUUGCAGCUAUCGUUGUAAGGAAAACCAUACCAGUAAUUAUACCAUGACCCCCCAAAACAUGCACGCUGAUUGGCCAGCGUGCACAUUGUAAAUCGAGUU